AUGGAUCAACCAAAGCAAAAAGUGAAGAUUCCCUGCAAUCAUCCGUUAGAAUACAUACAACUGAAGGGUGGAGGAUGGCCCGGAUCAUAUGACUAUGAUAUAAAUACUUGCGCAGGAUGCGAUGAAGAUUAUGGCUUCUGCUACUACUGCGCAAGCUGCAGUUUUCGAGCACAUUCGGAAUGCAUCGAGUGGCCAGACACCAUCGACCACCCGAGUCACUCCAGACAUCCUCUCAAGAAAGUCUCCCCCGGGACAAUUGACUAUACAGAUGGCAAAUGCCAUUUUUGUAGAGAAGAACUUGUUGAUCCCAUGUAUCACUGUUCCUUGUGCAACUUCAGCGUAGAUGUGAAUUGUUGGAGGCAUCCGCCACAGCGUACUAUUUAUCAACCAAAGAGCCACGAGCAUACAUUCACCCUCAUGCCGAGAAAGAUCACAUUCACUUGUAACGCAUGUGGGAUGCUUGACUGCAUUGAUUUGCCCCGAGUGAUCAACAUCAACCGUCAUGACCACCGCAUUUCUCGCACUUAUCAUCUCGGCCACGGCGAUUGGGAUUUAUGUGGACUUUGUCGCAAAGAGAUAGAUUGGAGUUUUGGAGCUUUCACUUGCAAGCGUUGUCCUAGUUAUGCUGUUCAUUCAAAGUGUGCGGUAAGGAAAGAUGUGUGGGAUGGAGAAGAACUCGAAGAUGUACCUGAAGAAGAAGAAGAAAUUGAAGAUCCAUACAAGGUAAUAAAUGAUAAAGAAAUCAUUCAUUUUAGUCAUGAAGAACAUAGUCUAAGACUUGGCGGUGAUGAUAAUGUUACCGGUUAUGAAAAGAUGUUGUGCGACGCUUGCAUCACUCCCAUCAGUUCUGAUCCAUUUUUCAAAUGUGUGCAAUGCGAGUUUUUUCUUCAUAAAGAAUGUGCUAGUCUCCCUCGGAGGAAACGAAGUAUCUUGCACAUCGACAAGCUUGAUCUAAGGGUAAAAAAUAAGGCUGGCAACCAUUACAAGUGUAGAAGUUGUCAAAAAUUAUUCGAUGGCUUCAGGUACAAGACAACGUUUGAUAAAUUUGAUGUGCGGUGUGGAUCCAUUUCUGAGCCUUUUCACCAUGAACUGCAUCCCCAUCCUUUAUACCACAUCUUUUCACCAGAAGAGAAGUCUCAUAUUUGUGGAGCAUGUGAUAGACCUACACAGUAUGUCUUAAGUUGUACUGUGUGUGAGUUUCAUUUAGGCAUGGAUUGUGGCACUUUACCAACAAAAGUGAAACAUACAUGCGACGGUCAUGACUUAUCGUUGCAUCAUGGAGCUGGAAACACCGACGGUCCAUUGUGGUGUGAUAUUUGUGAGGAAGAGACAGAUCCGAGCGUAUGGUUUUAUGGUUGUGAUGAUUGUGUGUCCACUCUCCAUAUCAAAUGUGUACUUGGAGACAUGUAUCACUUCAAGCCAGGAAACAAAUACGGCAAAGCUGAACUAGUUGCCAACGAUGGUAUGACUAGACCUUUUUGCAUAGUUUGUGAAGAGCGUUGCAUGUUCCCUUCCUUUCUUAAGGCUACCGUUUCAGAUUCAACUCUUGUAUACGCUUGUUCAAUGAACUGUGCAUACGAUAGCUACUGGAAGAAGUGGUAUUAUGACGAAUCUGGUUAA